CACUUAACCCAGCAUCAACGCUUCAUGUGCGGUUCCGACGCCUACCGGAAGACCGGCUGGUAUAAAUAUCUUGGCUUCGCCGGAAGAACCAAAAGGGGAUCGGCCGACAAAGACGAGGAAAAGAGACGGGAAGGAGGAGGUGAAAAAAGAGCAGAGAUGGCGAGAAGCCUCUCCUACAUCGCUCCCUCUCAGCUCAUUUCAAUGUCUCGGAAUCCAAGAGUGGCCAUAGUAGACGUCAGGGACGAGGAGAGGAGCUACGACGCGCACAUAGCGGGGUCGCACCACUACGCGAGCGACACCUUCUCGGAGAAAAUCCCCGACCUCCUCCAAGCCGUCAAGGGCAAGGACACCCUCGUCUUCCAUUGCGCCCUCAGCAAGGUGAGGGGGCCUUCUUGUGCACGCAUGUUUCUGGAUUAUUUAUCAGAAAUGAAAGAAGAUGCAGGAAUUGAUAAGGUUAUGGUUUUGGAGCGUGGCUUCAAUGGAUGGCAAGCUUCUGGCCGACCUGUUUGUCGCUGCACUGAGAUCCCUUGCAAGGGUGAAAGCCUGUAACUAGCUGCCCAGAACAGUGCUAGUGCUACCUGAUUGAUCCAUUUAGAGCAAAAUCUCAUCAUAAAAAAAUUAAUCAUCUUGAUGCUAGACUAUAGAGGCAUAUUUUGCUUAAAAAUUGCUGAUUUCACUGCUGGUUUAUGUCUGGAUUAUGUGAAUACUUGGGCUUAUUAUAAGUAUCAAAAUCUUAAUUUUUAUUUAUGUGAAUA